AUGGCUGCAUUAAUUGUGGGACGUGUUUUAACAUUCAAAUCGAAUGUUGGGACUGUUGCAAAGAUAAUAUCGUGUGCUACUGUUAAUUAUAGUACAGCAUCCCGAAAUAAUAAAAUUUAUGAAACCGCUGGUGAAGCAGUUAAAGAUAUACAAGAUGGAUCGAAACUAUUAGUUGGAGGUUUUGGAUUGUGUGGAAUCCCAGAAAAUCUUAUUUCAGCCUUAAACAAAAAAUCAGUAUCAGGGCUCACAGUAGUGUCCAACAAUGCUGGUGUUGAAAAUUUUGGUCUGGGUGUUUUGCUAAAGAGCAAGCAAAUUAAAAGAAUGAUUGCAUCUUAUGUUGGUGAAAAUGCUGAAUUUGAGAGACAAUUUCUUAGUGGAGAAUUAGAGGUUGAGUUAACUCCUCAAGGAACGUUAGCAGAAAGAGUCCGUGCUGGUGGUGCUGGGAUACCUGGUUUCUUUACUCCAACAGGCUUUGGUACCCUUAUUCAAGAAGGUGGAUCGCCAAUCAAAUAUACUAAAGAUGGGAAGAUUGAUAUCCCGAGUGCACCUAGGUUAGUACAGCAAUUUAAUGGAAAUAACUACAUCCUUGAAGAAGCUAUCACUGGUGACUUUGCUUUGGUGAAAGCCUGGAAAGCAGACAGACACGGCAACUUGAUAUUCAGAAAAAGCGCCCGUAAUUUUAACCCUGCUAUGUGCAAAGCUGCUCGAGUUACCAUUGCAGAGGUUGAGGAAAUUGUGGAUGAAAUUGAGCCAGAUUUUGUACACGUCCCAUCUAUAUUUGUGCAUAGAAUAGUAAAGGGAGACAAAUUUGAAAAAAGAAUUGAAAGAAAAACAUUGAAAAAGCCUAUUAAAACUGACAAAGCAUCUGAUUCAAUUAGAGAAAGGAUAAUAAGAAGAGUUGCUUUAGAAUUUAAAGAUGGAAUGCAUGCAAACCUUGGAAUAGGUAUGCCUAUGCUGGCCAGUAAUUAUAUUCCAGACAACAUUAAGGUUUUAUUGCAGUCAGAAAAUGGAAUACUUGGACUUGGUCCCUUCCCAACGGAAGAGGAAGUAGACGCCGAUCUUAUUAACGCUGGAAAGGAAACUGUGACUGUUCUUCCAGGAGCAUCAUACUUUUCAUCCGACGAUAGUUUCGCAAUGAUUCGCGGCGGGCAUAUUGACCUAACUAUUCUUGGCGCCAUGCAAGUUUCACGUUAUGGUGACUUGGCCAACUGGAUGAUUCCCGGCAAAAUGGUAAAAGGCAUGGGUGGUGCAAUGGACUUAGUAUCAGCUCCUAAAACGAAGGUUGUCAUUAGUAUGGAGCACACAGCCAAGAAUGGCUCACACAAAAUACUCCCCGAAUGCACACUACCCCUUACUGGAAAGAAUUGUGUGGAUAUGAUCAUAACUGAAAAGUGUGUAUUUGAAGUUGACAAAGAAAAGGGAUUAACUCUUACUGAAUUGUCCGAUGGAGUUACUGUGGAAGAUAUCGUUGUUAGCACCGGCUGCGAAUUCAACGUCUCUCCGCAACUUAAAAAAAUGGGUGAUGUCACUAAACCAGAAUAA